AUGGGCUAUAUCGUCCCAGAGUACUUCAAGUUUCCGGGCUACUUGAGCCCAAGUUUGGGUCUUAAGUUCAGCGACGUGCCGAAUGGCCUGGCCGCAUUGUCCAAGAUUCCGGUUCUUGGAGGAGCACAGAUCAUUGCCUUCUGCGGCCUCAUCGAGACCACGGGCUUCUUCCAGGCAUCGUCCACCACGGAUGGCCGUGGCCCUCGCGAGGGUCAGUUCUCCAUGAAGGACUCCACGGAGUCUGCGGAGCCGGGCAACUAUGGCGUCGGCUUCCCCAACUUCCUGGGCAAGGUCGAGGACCCGGAGGCCCGCAAAAGCAAAUUGGCGGCCGAGUUGGCCAACGGCCGCCUGGCCAUGAUGGCCAUCAUUGGCAUGUUCUUUCAAGACGGUCUAACCGGCUCUGCAUGGGGUGACUGGGCUCUCUACACAGCUUCGCCGCUGCGCGCCGAGGCAGAAGAGGAGGCCCCCAAGCCACCGCCUUUCGAUCCUGCCAAGCAGGUCGGAGCCAUGGCGCCGCUUGGCUUCUUCGACCCUGCAGGCUUUGCACAGCUUAGCACGGCUCACAGCUUUGGCCGUGGCCACGGGCUCCUCGAUCAGGAGAUGCCGGCCAUGGAGCUCAUGGCGGCCAUGGGCCUGGCAGGGGCGGAGGUUUUUCGGUACAACCGAGAGAAUUUCGAGUUUGACCAGGAACAGCGUUUCAGCCGCGAUGAAGUCCGUGUCAAGAUGCAGGUCGAGCUAUUUAACCUUUUCCGCGAAGACAUCCGAGACUUGGUAGAGAUGACCACCAGCAAGAUGAACCUGUAUCACCUUGUGGGUGCAUUAUUCAUAAAGAUGAUCUGUAUUUAUUUCUGUGAGGGCUUCUUCGAGGAAGGGCUUCCUCCUUUUCUUCUCUGCUACUACUAUAUGUCCCAGGGAAGCUCCGUUGUUUAUCUCAUCAUGGCCGUGUGGCUGUCCAUGCACGCGUCCGUGACUUCACACAGUUAUGCUACUCGCGUCCUGACUCGAUUCAUCCGGUUGCCCAUCCCCGGCAGCUCGCAGCUGAAUGUCUUGAAUGCGCGCUUUGCAGACUUUGAGAGGCAAGGCCGACAGAUGUUGCGAAUACCCUUCUUGAACAAGGCGAACAACAACUGGCAAGACCGACCACAGCUCGAGGUACAGCGAGAAGCUCCGCCGGACCAGUUGGGAGCUGGCAUCUGGGCCUACGGAGGUUUGAUGAAACUCGACGUGGCUGGUUAUGAGGAAGACAUCAUGAAGGCGGUCCACCACCGAACUCAGCGCCACAUCCAGCUCUUUCGGCGACUGCAAGCACUCUGGCAAUGCUACGACGCAUAUGCGCGAGUUUGCAUGUCCCUGGGCGUCAGGAUGAUGCUCCAGGGCAUCUCCUACUACCUCCUCGGUAUAUGCUGGGUGCAGAUCAAUGCUCCAUAUGUGGCUGCAGCAUGCGCAGUGGUGUUUCAAUUCUUGGCUCUGAACUUGGCCGCCCUCGACAUCCAUGGUGUCAACGACCUCUCGCUCAUCGGAGCGUUGCCCUGCCUUUGCGCCAUCAUGGCUCUUGCCUGCGCUCAGCGAACGACGUUUGGUGCGCUGGACUCCGAACAACCCUAUGUGCUGACGCUGAUCAUGUAUCCGCUGGAAGUGCUGUGGUUCGAGAUGCUCCACUGGCUGGCAUCUCCUAUGGGUGAUGCUGGAUUUCUGCCGCGACAGUUCAAGUCUGUCCUUUUCAUGGAUGUCUUCAGUGACCUCAAUGAAGCUGGAGUGCUGACGAGUGAGGAGAAGGAAGUCGUAGAACUAAGGCGCCCUGAGGUGCAAAAGUCACUGAACAUGACGCGUGCGGCUAUCAGGAGAUGGGAGGCCGUCCCUCGCAGAUGGCUGACGCUGAGGCAGUAUCGGCAAAGGAAGCAGCUGCUGAGGAGUUACAACGCCACAGCCGAUACCUUCGUGGACUUUAUGGAGAAGCUUGAGAUGCCAAUUCCAGUGGAGGACGAUCGUCCUUGGGCAGAUUUCCCUACAGCUGAACGGCGCAAGGACCCUUUCUCUGGCACAGUCCUUGGGCCGUUCUCCUUUUGGUUUGGCACUGGGGUGGUGUCGACGUGGUUCUACGACAUAGAGAACCGAUACAGGUCUCAGAACGGUGUCCUGUUGGACAGACCGUCGAGCGACAACAUUCUGGACCUAGACAGUGCUAUGGCCAUCUGCAUGGAGUUCAAGCGCAAGGUUGAGAUGAUGACACAUGGAACCGUUGAUGAAACUUCCGAUCGAAGUGAAGACUCGGACCAGGAUGUCGGUGAAGGGAGCAGAAUCUCCAGAGAAGAUGAGAAAACCCCGCUGCGAGGACGUGGAGAGCGAAGCCAAGCCGAUCCCAACAUCCAAGUCAACCGUUUGCCGUGGAAUCUGGUUAGCUUCGUGACGCGCACCAUCCAGCUGGUCUGGCUCGCUCUGGGCAUUGCAGCCAUUCUUCGCGAGACGAAGACGCAUAUCUUUGACUGGCAAGUGUCGCAUAUCGUCGAAGAACGACGACUCGCUGCUGUGCAGGUCUCUGAACUCGUCUUCCAGCCGCUCAACAUUUCCUGGCCGUAUGGCGGGUUCUUCAGUCCAGAAGCUGUGUCGUGCCAGCCAAAUGGUGCAGUCUUCGUUGGCUCUACCUUUGCUCAAUACACUCUCUUGGAUUUGGAAGACCCAAUCCAACUCUUGGAAAUGCCAUCCCAGGACAUUCCCGCCAGUUGGCGGCUCGUGUGCGACAAAGGCAGUCUGGAAUGUUUGUGGAUCGAGCAGCGAGAUGAGAUGCUGACCCUGCUUCACGCGAACCGCACCGCCGGCAUCCCCGGCCUCGAGCGCCCCCUCACGGUCGAGCUGGGUUCCACCGUGGGGAGUCGCCACCGGUUUCUGGCUGGGUCGCUGGUGUCUUGCGCAUCGCUGGAGCAAGACCUGCAUCCCAAGACAACGUCCAGAUCCUGUCUCCUCCUGGUGCUGGGAGAUGGUACGAAUGAGAUCAGCUUCGCAACAGUUGUGCUGCCGAGGACGCAGGAGGAGGUGAGCUCUCUCAAAAUGAGACUGACGCUUCGCUCGCAGUUGACGCUAGAGCUGAAGAACACAACCUCCAAGCAGGACCGCAGCGCAGCACCGGAGCAGGUGGAUGCUGUGUACCUGGACGUCGUUCAGGAAGGGCGGUUGUGGAUCUUGAUCUCAAGUGGUCGACUGGAGCUGUGGGACUUCAUUAGCAGCCGUCCGCUGACCAGCUUUGCACUUCCGAAAGGCUUCCGAGGCUCUGGCCUUUGCACUCGCGCUCGCGAUGGAGUCCUGCUCAUCGCUGGUCGCAUGCAGCAGCUUCCCGUCAUGCUGGGGGCGAUCCCGAGGGACGGCGUAGCGCAGCUUUGA